AACGACUCUCCCUCCUUCCCUCCUUCCCUCCACCCACGCUAGGCGUGCGCCUCAAAUAAUUCCCCCUCUCUCUCUCUCUCUCUCUGCAUUCCUAUUAUUGCAGCAAAGCCAAAUCAAAGUCAAUCCCUAUUUCGUUCAUCUUCUCUCUCUUCUAUUCGAUCUUUGCUGUUCUUCAUCAAAUCUCCAUGUCGAUAAAAAGUGUGAAAGUAUGCAAUGUCUCCCUUGGAGCAUCUGAACAAGACAUAAAGGAGUUCUUCUCAUUUUCUGGUGAAAUUGAACAUAUUGUGUUGCAAAGUGAGAAUGAACGGUCUCAAACUGCGUAUGUCACUUUUAAGGAUGCUCAAGGUGCAGAAACCGCUGUUCUUCUUUCUGGUGCGACAAUAGUUGACCAAUCAGUUACAAUAGCGCUUGCACCAGAUUACAAGGCACCAGCUACUGUAUCAGUAUCACCUACGGCAACCGAGAGCAACACUGUCGCAGCCGGGUCCCCAGUGCAAAAGGCGGAGGAUGUUGUCACUACUAUGAUAGCAAAAGGCUUUGUCUUGGGAAAAGAUGCACUUAACCAAGCAAAGGGCUUCGACGAGAAGCACAAAUUCACUUCCACCGCUUCUGCUACAGUUGCAUCUCUGGACCAAAAGAUUGGCUUAAGCGAGAAGAUUACCAUGGGCACAACCUUGGUAAAUGACAAGAUGAAGGAAGUUGACCAGAAAUUCCAAGUCUCAGAGAAAACAAAAUCUGCCUUCACAGCUGCUGAGCAAACUGUCAGUAACGCUGGAUCUGCCAUCAUGAAGAAUCGCUACAUCUUGACUGGGACUUCUUGGGUUACUGGUGCUUUUAACAGGGUUGCAAAGGCCGCUGAGGACGUGGGUCAGAAAACACGGGAGAAAAUGGCUGAAGAAGAGAAAGAAAGAAACGUAGCUGCUGGAUAUUCUCAAGUCUCCGAGUCUGGUUCCCCAAAAGCCAGUGGUGGACAUCAGUAAGUUCUAGGUGCUUGAUCCUGUAAUAUGACUUUUUUUUAUGAAAUUUGUAGUUGGUGAAGCUUUAUCAUAUGCCACAGCAGUUUGCUCUUUUUGGUUGGUUUAGUUACGUUUUAGAUGUAUAGAUUGUCAUGUGAAGUUGUGAUGUUAAUUUUUACUCCGGUUUUACAGCGAGUUUCUGUAUCGUUUUACAUUUUGUCUUGUGCUAAACUCAACUAUUAAGCUCUGUAAUUACCAGUUGAUUUUUACAGUUUUACUACGA